UCCAACAUUUUUUUGCAUGCACGUGCACCCCAAACGCCAAUACAUUUUCUUUUCUAAUCUUUGAUGUAUUCCUCUCACAAAUGCCCAUAUAGACAAUAGCAUCAAAUUUCAUUACUUUUUUCCUUUUCCUUUACAUGAUCCUUUGGAUUGAACUAAGCCCAUUAUGAUUCCUUUUACUGAACAAAUGGAUGAGUUUUUUGGUGGAAUGGCGGGUAGAUUCAGAGUCUCCAUAACAGAUUCAACCAUGAUGAGAAUUGUUCACCGCGCAAUGAACAAAGCUCACAAGAGAGUUAAGUCGAAAGAAGGUGUGAUAGAACGGUUGAAUGAGAUAUCCAAGUUCUAUGAAUUGGCUGUGAUGCAAUUAGAAGGGUGCAUCAAGUUUGUGCAAGAAGAGCCAGACAUUUUUAUCCUCGAGAGCAAUAGUGAAGAAGAUGUGCUUGCUGGUUUGGCUGAGAUUAGGGACCGACUCAGAGGUCGUCUAAGCGAAUCAGAGAUGGCGAUUCGGGAGAAAGAUAGAGAGCUCACUGAGAGAUUAGAUAGUGAGUUGAAGCUAAGGCAGGCCUUGGAGGUAAAAGAAAAGGAGUUGGUCUCUUUGCGUGCGAAACUCAAGCUUGAAAAGACUAAGUCAGAGGGAGUUGAAGAUAGAGAAGGCGAGUUUUGUGAGUUAAAGAAUUCUGUUGAUCAGCAGGUUUGGAAUAUCAGACAAAAGCUUGAGCCUGACCAAUGCAACGAGCUUGAUGAAUCUAUUGACAAUGAGAAGGUUGAGCAGAUGGGUUCUGACAUAGACAUGUUGAAGGAGACUUUAGAUUUGGCUUUCGGAAAGAUGAGGAAUGCUAUUACCUUAUCUGAGGUUCCAAUAGAGCAACAAUGGAGAUGGGGUAUUGAAAAAGACACUGUUUUUAUCUUACUUAAAGGUAUCAUGCAGGAUUUUCAGGAGACCUCUGAUUUGGCAUUGUUGAGUCAAGAGAAUCAGCUCCCCAAUAAAUUCAAUUUCGGAGGUGAACAUUGGUCUGUUAUGUUGAUUGAAGUUACACGUUUGAGAAAUGAACUUGAGUCUUUCUUGGUUCAACAUGGAAAGCCUUCCAAGUCCUCCAUUUUUGAAAAUUUUGACACAGUGGAGAGCGAGAAUUUUCGAGAGGCUAUUGAGGAGGAUGGAAAUCACUAUGUUGCUAAGAUGAUAAAGAAUCACGAGUCCAUCAUACGAAAAAAGAGUGCAGAGGCAGAAGAAUUGAAUCUAUUGAAGAGAGAACUUAUGAGAGAAAAAGCAUAUUCAUCUUGCAAGAAGGGCACCGAACCAGUUACCCUCAACAAAAGAGUCCAAGAAAUCAUUGAGAAGCUAGAAAAUUUUAUAGAUUGGAGUGCUGACAUGGGAAAAUAUUUCAAUGAUCAUAGAGACAUAAAUGGGGAAAAGAGUCUUUCAAGAAAGAGGUUUUUAAACUUUAAUACAAAUGAUAUUGAUAAACUACCAAAUCAGAUGGGGAGAAGAGAGUUACAACUAGAGGAAUUGAGCUUGAAAACCAACAUAAUUGAAGAGACAUAUAUUAUUCUUCUUAAAGGCUUGUUGAAGGAGUUCAACACAAAGUUAUAUAUCUAUGACUUUCAGAGCCUGAUAUGGGAGGAUUUAUCUAAAGAUCUUGUUGCAGAAAUGACAAAUUAUUGGAAUGUGAAAAUCGAAACCAACAACGUCGAUUCUCAAAUCAGAGAAGAAAUGCAUUUCAUCAUCUUUAACAAAGUGAUUGAGGAUUGUAUUUCUUCCUUCAACUUAAAGUUAGUUGAAUUAAACAAUGUGAGGUCUGAAAACAUCUGUUUGAAAGAAUCAGCAUUUAUUGAAAAGUUGGAUCGUGAUAUACAGACACUCAUCUUCAGAGAAAUGUUAAAGGAAAUGAACAAAACCAUAGAAUGCUAUGACUCUGAAAUCCUUGUUAGAGAAGAGAUAUAUGAUAUUGUCUCUGAUGAGACCACCAAAAGUAUUUUUCAUAGUGUCCAUUCAGCUUUACAUAAAUUUGAACAGGUAAAACUUGUUGAAAGUUCUAUACAGGAAGAUGUUUGUAUGGAUUUUAUUAGAGAAACAAUCAAGCAAUGGAAGAUGGAAUUAGACUCACACAACACACAAAGUCUCCUUAGGGAAGAAAUACAUCAGUUUGUCAUUAUAGAAGCAAUGAAAGAUGCUUUUUCUCUUUCAAAACAAGUUGAUUCUUGUAAUGAGGACAAACUCUCCAAAUGCAUAUUCUGUGAGGACAAGUUAAGAAAGUGUAAACAACUUACUUCACAUGAAAAUAUAUCUAGUAAGGUGGAUUUGUUAUUACAUUGUCUUGAAGAGGAAGAGAAUUUGACGCGAAGUAUACAUUCUGAAAUAAAGAAAAACAACCCAGACAUUGGUUUGGAGAGUGAAAAUUUUGGAAGAAAAAACAAGUUCAGUUCAGUGAAUAGAAAGCUAGUGAAGAGUUUACAUCAGUUAGCCAAAAAUAAGGAAACACUAGGUAAGAUGGUUUCUAGUUUAAGCUUACUUUCUGUUAGUUUAGAAGGCUCUAAUCAUCUACGAGACGAUGAAUCCUCUAUUGAUCAAGAAGAAGAAGACCCAUUUGAGAAAUUUGCAGUCUUACCUAUCCUUGGAUUCUUCCAAGACAUGAUGGAGGAGUUUCAAAACAGAAUAAGGAAAAAGUUUGAGGUAAACAUUUUAAGAUUGGAACAGAUUAAUCAUCAUCUGGAUCCACUUGUUGAUACAGUUUCAUCCCUAAGAGAGAAAGAAUCACUUUACAAGAAGGCUUUCACUACAAGAUGUCAAAAUCUCCAUAAGGCUGAAAUUGAGGUAGAUCUUUUAGGAGAUCAAGUAGACAUGCUUUUAGGUCUACUUCAAAAGACAUACAAGACAUUGAAUCAUUAUUCAUCUGUUUUGCAGUGCUAUCCCGAGGUUUUGGAGCUCAUGCAGAUGAUAAGGAAGGAAAUAUAUGGAGUUAUUGAUGCACCUAAAUAUUGACAAAAAUAUGUCAUAAUAUGAUGUAUUAAAUUAUAUUGGAUUAUUAAUUAAUGUAUUAAGAUGCUACAUACAUUUGUCUUUAUGCAAGAACUCAUGGUAGCUGAUUCGAAACUUGUAUGAAAAAUGAAUGAGCUUUGGAAAGAGGAAUCAGUUGUAAGAAGAUGUGACUGAGAUUGUAGAAAGAAUAUUUCAAAAAGACUUACAUUUUGGUA